AUGAAGCUAGACUGCAGAAAGGUUGCUACCACUGCUGCUGCUGCUGUUCUGGCAUUUGGGUCUAUCGCCAAUGCUGCUCCGGCAUUGCCUAGAUGGGCGUUCCAACUCCUUGACUCAACCGCUGACUCGGAAUCCAUAUCAACUGUCCAGGACUUGUCGAGCCUGAAGUUCAUUGACUCUGAAGCCCUUCAGGAUACCAUCUCUGUGGAUGCUUUGAACACGAGUGCCAUUGCCCUUUAUGAAAUUGCCGAGGAGUCGAUUUCCCGGUUUGGCCAUCCAACCAGAGUCAUUGGUUCCAAGGGCCAUUGGGGAACCAUUGAGUAUGUCCAACGUGAGCUCCGCAAACUCGGUGGCUACUACAACAUCUCAACACAAGCCUUUGACGCUGUUAUGGGAGAAGUCUUCUUCUUUCAGCUGUUGGUGGACGGAAGACAGCCAGACAGUCUAGACGCCUUUGACUUGACUCCACCAACCCCACACCAAAAACCUGUUUCCGGCCCGCUGUUCCACGUCAAGAACCAAGGCUGUGAUCUGGCUGAUUUCCCUAAGAAUACUACUGGUGGAAUUGCUCUAAUUCAGAGGGGUGUAUGUCCUUUUGGAGACAAGUCCCGCAACGCCGGUUUGGCUGGAGCCGUUGGAGCAGUCAUCUAUAACAAUGAGCCUGGUUCCAUCAAGGGAACUUUGGGCUCUCCAACUGGCCAGGAAAUAGCAACUUUGGGUUUGUCACAGGCUGAUGGUGAAUUCUACGUUGAUUUGCUGCAAAAGGGCAAGUAUCUGCCCACCACCAUAGAGGUCAAAUCGUUUGUCGGCAACAUCACCACCAAGAAUGUCAUUGCAGAGUCCUGGAUGGGCGACCCAGACAACGUGGUGAUGCUUGGAGCUCACAGUGACUCUGUGACCGCCGGUCCUGGUAUCAACGAUGACGGAAGUGGUACCAUCUCGCUCUUGGAGGUGGCUAAGGGUCUUUCCAAGUUUUACGUUCCCAAUAAGGUGAGAUUCGCCUGGUGGGCUGGUGAAGAAGAAGGACUUUUGGGAUCUGAUUACUACGUCUCCCAACUUUCGCCAGAAGAAGGUUCCAAGAUCAGACUGUUCAUGGAUUACGACAUGAUGGCUUCUCCUAACUUUGCUUACCAGGUGUACGACGCCAACAAUGUUGAUAACCCAGCUGGUUCCGAGGAACUUAAGCAGUUGUAUAUCAACUACUAUCUUUCACAUGGCCUGGACUACACUUUGAUUCCAUUCGACGGAAGAUCCGACUACGAUGCUUUUAUUAAAAAUGGUAUUCCAGGUGGAGGAAUUGCGACUGGUGCUGAAGGUGUCAAGACCGAGGAGGAGGCCAAGCUGUUUGGUGGAACUGCUGGCGAAUGGUACGAUCCAUGCUAUCACCAGCUGUGUGACGAUCUGUCCAACCCUAACUACACCGCGUGGGAGGUCAACACCAAGUUGAUUGCCCAUUCUGUUGCCACCUACGCCAAGUCAUUCGAUGGCUUUCCCAAAAGAUCGUCUGUCGGGGUGGAGUCGGUCAAAGCCAAGUACAAGUAUCACGGCCCACAUAUGGUAGUCUAG